GACUAUAGUUGGUAGUGUUAAUGUAUGUAUUUGUGUAGAAUUAUAACUAUUAAACAUAAUCUAAAAACAUUAUUGUUUUGUUUAGCAGUGAUGAUGAGUGUCCCUUGAAUUGAAGGGUCAAGACUUAAGAAAGAAAGAGUGUCUUAGUACCAAAGCUAAGUGAAACAAAUACAAAGACAGACAACACUGAAGAGAGUUUUAAGUGUGUGAUUGUGAUUAUGUGAAUGAGAGUGAGAACAAGUGCUUCUUCUAAGCUUGCAACCUUCAAAGUUCAAACCCCACAAAGACACACACAACAGCUUCUGGUUUUACAUCAAUUCCCACUGCUGCUGCUUCUUCAAAUUCCCUAAAUUUUCAAGCUUUCCGGUUAAGGAGUGAAAAGAGUUGAAGUUGGGAGGCAUAGUGGAAAACAAUGAAGUGCAUGUGUGAAAAAGAAUCUGCUCUAUGUUCUGUUCAUGCAACACCAGCCUAUGUUCUUGGAUGCUCAUCAUCAUGGGGUAAUUCUCCUGAAUCUGAUGUUGUCCAACAAUCAUCCAUGUCUGAUAAAUUGAACUUAAACAUGGGUGUUGUUCUGCCACAACAAUGUCACAAGAGUAGGCCACUAAAUCUCCAAUUUCAAGAGCAGGAUUCAUCUUCAACUCUUUCCACCAAUCAAUCUGGUCAAAUUUCUAUCCAGCAUAGCAAUUCUUCAGCUUGUUCAUCAUCACUUAGCAGAAAUAUGGAGAAGAGUGCUGGAAAUCAAAUCAGUUCUUCAAUGGGGAUUCUUGAUUUUUCCUUCCCUCCUUCGGAACUCGAUCGCGGCCAAUCAACUGCUCCAAUUGCAUUUCAUUGUGCAUAUCCAUGCUAUGGUGGCAUACUAGCUGCUGCAUAUGGCCAACACUCUAAGGUAAUUGGAAGUGCAGCAGUUCGGAUUCCUCUGCCACUUGAUCUGAGAGAAGAACCUAUAUAUGUGAAUUCAAAGCAGUAUCAUGCUAUACUGAGACGUAGACAGUACCGAGCUAAACUCGAAGCACAUAACAAACUCAUCAGAGAUCGCAAACCUUAUCUUCACGAGUCUCGCCAUCUACAUGCACUCAAGAGAGCUAGAGGUGCUGGUGGACGCUUUCUCAACACUAAGAACCUCGUCCAAUCAAAGGUUACUUCUACCACCACCACCACUUCCUACCAGGCUUACAUUGGAAGGGAUAUCCAGGACUAUACGGCAGAUACCGGUGGCACCGCCAGUCACCGCCGUCUGUCUGUUCUUAUGUGAUCCCCUUGCAGGGCACCAUGUAUUCCAUUUGGGAAGUCAUCCUUGGCUCAUAUCUAUCUAUCUAUAUACAGUUUCUGUCUUUUGCAAGGCAAUGAUGUGCAGAUUUUAUUAUGACUCAACAUACAGUUGUCUUUAUAUAAAAUUGUUAGUGAAAAAUUAUUAAAUGAUGAUGUAAUCAAACUUAUUAAAUAUCAAUUUCAUAUAAAAAUAACUGCACGGAAGUUUUUAUUU